UCUUCCAGCGCACAACCCCUUGCGCCUGCCUGUCUCGCCUCCCUCCCCACUGAACCCCCUCCCCCUCUUCCUUCUCCCCCUCUCCACCGGCCACCCCAAUUGCAACUGCCGCCUCAUCAGAAUCCCCCUCCACCGCUUCUGAUCAUUAAGCCAGCACAUCACAGCGAGCUUGGUUUAUAUAUGGCAGCGCGCUCCGCCACUGCCUAGGCUGCCACACACAGCACAGCAAGAGCGCGCGCACUGAGGGCGGCUGCGGCGGCGCGCCGGAAUCAACCAACCAACCAGUUCGACCGUAGCGCGCAAGGUAGUUCACCAGGGGAUAGCAAGAUCGUCGGUCGGCACUCCACGCCGGCAAGCCUCCUUCUUGCGACGACUCGGAGCAGGGCGGGCGGGCGUGAUGGCGGCGUCGUCGUCGACGGCGUCCUCGUACCGGUCGCGGUUCGGCGACACGACGCAGACGAAGGUGUUCGUGGGCGGGCUGGCGUGGGAGACCCCGUCGGAGGGCCUCCGGCAGCACUUCGAGCAGUACGGCGACAUCCUGGAGGCCGUCGUCAUCACGGACCGCCUCACCGGCCGCUCCAAGGGCUACGGAUUCGUGACGUUCCGGGAGGCGGAGGCGGCGCGGCGGGCGGUGCAGGACCCGAACCCGAUGAUCACCGGGCGGCGCGCCAACUGCAACAUUGCCUCGCUGGGCCCGCCGCGGCCCGCGCAUCCUCGAGGGAGGCCGUCGGCCGUGCCCUACUGGCAGCAGGGCCCGCCGGCGCCGGUGCCGCCGCAGGGCCCGCAGUACUACAUCCCCAGCCCGAGGGCUCCUCCGCAGCAGCAGCAGCAGAUGGGCCUGAUGCCCAGCCCUGGCCCGGCGAUGUACCACCAGCCGCCCCCUUCGCAGCCAUGGUACUGGGGCCCACCCGACUAUCAAUACCCACAGGCCAUGAUGACCCCUCAAAUGGUGCAGAACUACUAUGCUCAGCUGUAUGCGGCUGGGCUGGCGUCGCCGACAGGGCCACCGCCCUACCAUCAGUACGUGGGGUACAUGCAGAUGCAGGCCCCGACGCCGAGGGCAGCGGUGCUCUCGCCGGUGGCGCAGCAGAUCGCGGCGGGGCAGCCGUACGCGCCGCACCCGGCGGCGGCGCAGAUGCAGGGCUUCUCCAUGCAGGUGCCUUCUCUCCCGCACAACUUCGCGCUGCAGCUGCCCUCCCAUGCAGUGUCGAUGCUGCCUCCCAACGCAACCGAUAUGCAGCCGGCUGGUGGCCAGGCGUCCUCCUCUGCAGCCGCGGCGACGAACGCGAACAACACUCACCAGGGUGCCUGAUGGAAGGCUGGGGGAGGAGAUUCUGAUUGGUUCCAAACACCUUCAAAACUGACUGUUUUUCUGAUUUAAAGUUGUUGUUCCCAUCUCGACGGAUCUGGUGCGGACGAAGUUAUUAAUGGUCUGUAACAGUCUCUCAGGAUGCUUUGACUAGAAAAGACAAACCAUAAACAUCUCCUCUUUUCUUUGUUCGGGAUUCAUUUUCUUAAGUUCUGGCAAAUAUUCGCAAAAAAAUAUGAGAUCUUCUCCUAUUGUUAGCGUAAACAAGUUUCCUUUUUGAGCGGA